GCAUUUGUCAUUGCAUGAAAUACACGUUACAAUAUGAAAAAGCGCGAUCAAUUUUGAGAGUGAAAAAGAUCUCAAAUCGAUACUAUAAUGUGGACGACAGAGUGGACGUGCCUAGAGACCGGUGAAUGUUUAUCUGUUCAUCUUUUGUUGUUUACUCGAGCGGUAUCUACUUGUGAGAUGUAGAGCGGCUGUGCGUGUGCGCACAGACCAUUACACGUAUGCAAGUCCAUGAGCAUCUUUGCUCAAUAUCGCGUGGUGUAUCACUUAACAGCUCGAGUGUUCGUGAUCCAACUUCGACUGGGGUGUGUUUGACAACAAAUAAUAAAUGUUCACACUGCGAUGUUAAAGUUGCUUGGCUCGAGUGGUUUCCUCUCAAACGAACUACAUUAGCCGAGACGAAUCCGUUUGUUCACUGCGAAUGUGAUACGUGUGUAACAUGAUGGAAAACCAUGACGACAUAGUUUUCGUGCACAAGUUCUACUGCUAAAUUGGUAGCACAGUGAUAGUUGUUGCGUGAAGUCUUUAUUCAAGAUGAUUCGAAUAUCUGCCUUAUACAACAAGCGGCGACUGCCCCUAGAUGUGCAGGUGUACGAAACUGUCCACCUGGUGAAGGAUAAAGUGGUGGACUUGUUCCGAAUCGACACUAAGAGUAGUAGCGAGAAGAAGUACAUCGUUUUGUCGUACCACGGAGCUGAGCUUCAAGAUGAUUGGGUAUUGAGUGAGAUAGGAGUCAACGCCGGCUCCACUCUUAAAUGCAGCCUGAGAGAGGAAGUCACACCCAAGCUUUUUGUCCGUUGCAGCUUCAAUGAUGAGGUCAUUGAGAUCAUUGAGAACUUGGACUUCGCCAGCUCCAUGGUAGCCGAGCUAAGACUCUGGAUCACACGUAAGAUCGGUUUGCCAGUUACGGUGUACCGUAUCCUGACCUCCUCAGGCCAGGAGAUGUUUGAUUCUAAUCUGCUAAGCCAGUACGGGAUUGAAGUAGGAACCACCUUGCAGAUGGAAACCAUCGAUGGCUGGAAUGAGUUUCUUAAGUCUGCAAUCAUUGGACACACUCAGCAGGUGUUUCGUAAUUUGAAUCAGACUGAUGAAGUCAUCUGUAAGUUUCAGAUGCGAGUAGCGUUGUUCGUAGCCGCACACUACGGUCACAUGGAUCUGGCUACUGCCAUGCUGAAAAACGGUUUACGCGCCGAUGAGAAGGUGGGCGAUCACCCGUCUAAAGAAUGGUGUCGUAGCUCGCACAUCGAGGCGUACAAGACACCGGUCCAUGAGGCAGCAGAACACGGUCAGCUCAGCAUACUUCGCAUAUUCGUCUUCAACAACAUCUGUGUCGUCCACAGCAAAGAUGGGAUGGGCUUAACGGCUCUGAAUGUCGCAUUACGGAAACAGCAGAAAGAGGUUGCCCUGUACCUUCUCACGAAACAAUGGGCAAAUGUACAAUUCUCUGCCAUGUGUUUACCCCUUACUGUAUACUCUGCCAUUCGAAGGUGGUGCGACAAAGCAAAGGACAAGGUGCUACUUGUCCACGGUCUGGAGAAAUCCAGCAUGAAAUACCGUAAAUCCACCCAUUUGCCAGGCGCGCUGUGUGGUCAAGGAGUCCAUGUUGAUGGAUACACAGAAAGCCUGAUGAACUCCUGCCCUAAAUCUCGAACUCUGGACAGUCUUAAAGCCAAAAAUCUUGAAUUAGCCAGGCGAGGAACGCAGUUGUCUCUCACUGACAAUCAGCAGCGUUCGACGGUUGAGAGAUUACCACGCUUGUGUGGUACUAAGACCCCAUCCGUCGUGAGCAGAUAUCGCAAUAAAUACCUCUCCAAAACUAAGGAGCAACAUUCAAACGUGGAUCCCUUGCCUCGUCCCAGGAGCCGUAGCGUUGCCGAUACGUCAGUUGUUUUGCCUGACAUUCCUUUCAACCAGCAUAAAUCCCGCCGGGCUUCAUCAGAUGCUGAGACAUUCCGUGAAGGAAGAGACACUGAAUCUUACGUUGAUUUUACCAGGAGCGAAAGAGGGAACACCGCCUACAUUCGCACCGCUGGUGGGACAGGCUCGGGCGCUGGGCGAUUCAGUCAGGGGAAGGAUGUAGCCUCAAUUUCCGAUCAAAAAUCAAAUGCCUCUAUGAAAUCUGACAAACCAACGGGGACAGAAAGGCGGGAGAUUGAACGCAAACGGCGCAACAGAGCCGCUAGUUUAGAUUGCUCAAUCCCUCUACUCCCGACCAGCGGAGAGAGGGUUUGGGAACGACCCUUCUUCUACUCCUCAUCCGACAAGAGUAUUCCCCGCUCUACAAUUGACCUGUAUGAAGGCAUGACGGGCAGCACAACAUGGGAGCGCGCUAUAAACGCUAUUACUGUAACCUCAUCAUUUAAGGACAAAUCGUGGCUUUAUCGGGUCAGGAUGGCCAUGUCGCUGUCUGAAACUCAGGUUAAGAAAUUGGGAAGCAAUCCCGAGGAAGACAGAGUGGAGAACAGCAAGAGACCAGGGAUGGGCAAAGCCCGUGUCGGCUCAGAAUCAAGGCAAGGGACGAACUCAGCUAUUUCUAUUCGCAGGACGCAAAGUGUGAAUAGUUGAGGAGUUGACAUUCAUUCCACUCCAAUUCUCGUAUAGGAUUCUACAUCACUCAAAACAUUCUGCAUUUUAAACUUUAAGUCGGUGAAAAAAAAAUUUGGUCAAUUUUAUUUUACUCGACAAUUUGUAUAAAUUUGUAUAAAUUCGAGGAAACAAAUUUCCAGCUUUGUAAACAGUUCGUCUUUUUUUUGGGGGGGGGGGGUGAAGCAACAAUUGCCCAAUGCUUAGAGUCAAUAAAAAUUCAUUAUACAUGAUGAAAAUGAAAAAAACUGAAAUCCAAGACACUUGCAGGAUUAAUUUAUCAUUUUGUAAGCACACUUUAUAUUGGUUCUUGACAAUCGUUUGAAAGCAAACAUCCUUCGAUUCAUUAUAAUUUGUAAAUAGUUUUCACUUUUUAAUUUAACUCUUCAAUAGUCAAAUAUCCAGUAAUGAAACUGAUACAAUAUUUUCCAUCAUGACCAUAUUUCGAUGUGCUAUUUUUACAAAAUAAGGGAGCAUACUCCGUUGAUAUAUCAUUGAUUGAAACUUGUUCCUUGAUAUUUAACAGUUGUCUCGUUUGAAUACAAGUCUAUCUUAUUUCAGAUAAAAUGUCCUUGAUGUACAAGUCUAUCAUUCCCAAGUAGAAUGGUUGUUUGUCACUCUGUGUUCAACUAAUUUAACGUGAAACCGUUGUCUUUUAUAAGGAAAUUAUUGUUGUUUUACUUUUGGUAAUAAUAUGUUGAAUUCAUAUUAAGAUGAACGAUUAUAGAACAUGCUCACGAAUACCCACAAAAUCUAUAGGUUCUCACAUCAAGAGCCCAAGAAGUCUGAUGAAAGCGUGGAAAAACGAUGAAAAUGUAAAUGUAUUGAUGUAUAGUUUUUUCUCGGCUAUUUUAAAUCAUUUUUCAUUCAGAUUCACCAACAUUCAAUUUCGUCCGAGAACAAUUUCACAUGCUUUUUACAAAA